AUGGACCAACACACCUUGUGGGCUUUGGUCUGUUCCAUCUUACACGCCUUCACCUCCACGACGCUCUCACACCACCUCCACGACGCCCUCACACCACUAGCACCUCCACGACGCUCUCACACACCUCCACGACGCCCUCACACCUCCACGACGCCCUCACACCACCACGACGCCCUCACACCUCCUCCACGACGCCCUCACACCUCCACGACGCUCUCACACCACCUCCACGACGCCCUCACACCUCCACGACGCUCUCACACCACCUCCACGACGCCCUCACACCUCCACGACGCCCUCACACCACCACGACGCCCUCACACCUCCUCCACGACGCCCUCACACCACCACGACGCCCUCACACCACCACGACGCCCUCACACCUCCUCCACGACGCCCUCACACCUCCACGACGCCCUCACACCACCACCACGACGCCCUCACACCUCCUCCACGACGCCCUCACACCUCCACGACGCUCUCACACCACCUCCACGACGCCCUCACACCUCCACGACGCCCUCACACCUCCUCCACGACGCCCUCACACCACCACGACGCUCUCACACCUCCUCCACGACGCCCUCACACCUCCACGACGCUCUCACCACCACCUCCACGACGCACUCACACCUCCACGACGUUCACCAUACUCCCACCUACACAAACAAGGUUCACCAUACUCCCACCUACACAAACAAGGUUCACCAUACUCCCACCUACACAAACAAGGUUCACCAUACUCCCACCUACACAAACAAGGUUCACCAUACUCCCACCUACACAAACAAGGUUCACCAUACUCCCACCUACACAAACAAGGUUCACCAUACUCCCACCUACACAAACAAGGUUCACCAUACUCCCACCUACACAAACAAGGUUCACCAUACUCCCACCUACACAAACAAGGUUCACCAUACUCCCACCUACACAAACAAGGUUCACCAUACUCCCACCUACACAAACAAGGUUCACCAUACUCCCACCUACACAAACAAGGUUCACCAUACUCCCACCUACACAAACAAGGUUCACCAUACUCCCACCUACACAAACAAGGUUCACCAUACUCCCACCUACACAAACAAGGUUCACCAUACUCCCACCUACACAAACAAGGUUCACCAUACUCCCACCUACACAAACAAGGUUCACCAUACUCCCACCUACACAAACAAGGUUCACCAUACUCCCACCUACACAAACAAGGUUCACCAUACUCCCACCUACACAAACAAGGUUCACCAUACUCCCACCUACACAAACAAGGUUCACCAUACUCCCACCUACACAAACAAGGUUCACCAUACUCCCACCUAUUACACACGGAAACGCGGCCACAUAAACAAAUAG